AUGGUAAUGUAAAAACAACAAAAAUUCAUAGUGGUAUGUGGAGGCGUAGCUUCUGGUAUUGGAAAAGGAAUAACAAUAGCAUCAUUAGCAGCAUUAUUAAAACAUACAGGAUUUGGAGUUUCUUUAAUUAAAAUAGAUCCAUAUUUAAAUAAAGAUGCAGGAUUAAUGUCUCCCUUUGAACAUGGAGAAGUAUAUAUAUUAGAUGACGGUGGGGAAGUAGAUCUUGAUUUAGGAAAUUAUGAAAGAUUUUUAGGUAUAAAUUUUACUUCUAAACAUAAUAUUACAUCUGGCAAAAUUUACUCAAGUGUUAUUGAAAAAGAAAGAUAAGGUUAUUAUAAAGGAUCAAUUGUAAAAUUUUUACCACAUGCAACUGAAGAAAUAAAAAAAUAAAUUUUAGAAGCAAGUUAAAUUCCUAUAGAUUCAUCAGAAAAACCACCAGAAAUCGUACUUUUGGAAUUAGGAGGUACUGUAGGAGAUUUAGAAUCUAUUUUUUUUCAAGAAUCAAUAAGAUAAUUAUAAUUAGAUUAUGGAAAAGAAAAUAUAUGUAUAAUAUUAGUUAGUUAUGCAUUAAAAAUAGAUAAUUCAGGUUAUAAAACAGCUCCUAUAAACAAUUCCAUAAAAGCAUUAAAUUUUGCUGGUUUAAACCCAGAUUUAGUAAUAUUAAGAUCCUAAGAAUAAAUAGAUGAUGAAUUUAAGUAAACAAUUGCUAAAGAUGCGAAUAUAUAAAGCUAUUAAGUAAUAAAUGUGCCUAAUUUACAAUUUUAAUUCGAAGUUUCUUUAAAACUAAACGAAUAAUUGACCAUUCCUAUAAUAUUAUAAAGGCUUCAACUUCCAAUUGUGAAAACUUCCAUAUAUUAUUUCCAGAAAAUGACUAAAUAUUGUCGAGAAAUAAUCUUUACGGAAAAAACUAAAACGAAAUUAAUAAAAAUUGGUUUUGUGGGAAAAUAUGUAGAGUAUUAAACUGAUCCGUAUUAUUCAGUUACAAAAGCAUUUGAAGCAGCCAGUUUUGAAGUAAGCUGUAGGUAUUAAAUUUUAUGGAUAAACCCUAAAAUAUUGGAAUAAUAACUACCAGAAGAUGCAUCAUAAAAUGACAAAGAUAUACACAAAAUGCAUUGGGAGUAAUUAAAGUAGGCCGAUGGGAUCUUUAUAGCAGGAGGGUAUGGUUAUAUGGGAUUCUAAGGGAAGAUUUUAGCUGCUUAAUAUGCAAGGGAAAAUAAUAUUCCAUGCUAUGGUGUUUGUUUUGGGUUUUAAGCUAUGGCUGUUGAGUUUGCAAGGAAUGUUAUUGGUAUAUUAGAUGCUUAGACUGAAGAAUUCAAAAAUGAUUAUGCAUCAGAAAAUUUUGUUAUUAAACUUUUGCCAGAUACUUCACUAAAUAAAUUAGGAGGAACGAUGAGAUUAGGGAAAAAAAAAACAAAUAUUUAUGAUCAUAAUUCUUUAGCUUAUAAAAUAUAUGGAAGUAAUGAAAUAUAAGAAAGACAUAGACAUAGAUAUGAAUUUAAUGAAUAAUAUAUCAAAUAAUAUGAAGAAAAAGGUUAUAUAUUUCCAGGUUUUUAAGAUUCGACACCUAGAAGAUAUUCAGUUAUUAAAUAUAUAUAAAUAAAUAUAUAAAUACAUAUAAAUAUAUAUAUAUAUAUUAAUAUUUAUAUAGUUUUCUGA